AUGGAGGCUAGGGUUUUAGGAGGCGAUUUAGGAGGCGAUUUUAGGGUUUUGGGGGAGGAAGUGCAAGAUGCUACUAUGGAAGAUAUCGGGGGGAAGGAGAGACCGCCGGGAGAUCCACCGGAUGUCCCAGGCUCGUGGGUAAGGAAAGUCGUAGGGUGUAGUGAGGGAGGAAUGCCAGUUCCGGAGGAAGUUGUGGCUGAAGAGUUUGUGGAAUCGAGAUUGACGUUGGAGUUCCCGAAUGGUGAGGACGGAGAGCCGGAGAUCACGAUAGGAGAGGAGGUACUGAAGGCCAUGAAUAGUUUGUGGAAGAGAUGCAUGAUCGUUAGGGUUUUGGGAAGGAAUGUUCCUAUCCUCAGUUUAACCCAAAAGUUGAAGGAGUUGUGGAAACCUAAAGGAUCGAUGUAUGUCAUGGAUCUACCUAGGCAGUUCUUUAUGGUGCGUUUUGAGAAGGAGGAGGAGUAUAUGGCUGCGCUAGCUGAUGGUCCGUGGAGGGCGUUUGGGAGCUAUCUUAUGGUGCAAGCUUGGACUCCGGAGUUUGGUCCGCUGAAUGAUGAGAUAGAUACCACGCCUGUUUGGGUUCGUCUCUCCCAUAUUCCGGUGAAUUUCUAUCAUAAGACGAUUCUGAUGGGAAUUGCUAAGGGGCUAGGAAGACCGAUCAAAGUCGACUUGACAACUCUGAAGUUUGAAAGAGCUAGGUUCGCGAGAAUUUGUGUGGAGGUGAAUCUGAAUAAGCCUUUGAAAGGGUCAGUGCUGAUUAAUGGAGAGAGAUAUUUCGUAUCUUAUGAAGGAAUAUCUGCUAUAUGUUCGAAGUGUGGCAUGUAUGGGCAUCUCGUAUACACAUGUCCACGGAAUAGUACGGAGCGAGCUAUGGUUUCUGUGCCUAUUCCAGUGGUCACGACACAUGUGACCACUGUACCAGUGGGAAUGGAAACGGAGUAUACGCAAGUAAGACAUACGAGGAAAAAGACUGACCCACAAAGACAGUCAGGAGGGACUACGAGGAGGAAUGAUGGGAGAGAUAUGAUGGGGAAUAAGAUGAAGGAAGUACGUAAUGGUGGUUCCGUAGAGAAGAUUAAUGUGUCGAAUCGGUUUGGGAGCUUAAUAGGAAGUGGGGAGUUGGAGGAGCUACGAGAUGAUGUUGGGAGAGAGGGAGAAAAUAAAGAGAAUGAGAAUAUCGUUAAUCUAAAAGUCGGAGGUUCAAGUAGAGUACCUGAGAAGGUAAUGGCGUUUUCUGCAACUGGGGUCAAGGGGAACCAGUCGAAAGCCCAACCAGGCCUUAAGGAGAAGAAGGCAAAUAAUUUGAGAAGUCUAAAUCUUCAAAGGCCGAAACCCAAACCUGCUGGGCCCACGCGAGGCCUUGUUUAUGGGCCAGCUAGAGGAGAGAUGAACCUAUCGUUAAGUGGAAAGAGAUUGAGAGUUGAAAAAGAGAACAUCGGAGGACGAGGAGGUGUUUUCGCCGGAGAUGGAGGAGGAGAUGGGAGCGAGAAGAAACUAGAGCACGGUAGGGAUCAGAGAAACAUACCGGAGCAGUUGGUUUCGACGGAAAACCUGAUUACAGAUGGAUCAGAUCUUGGUGAGGGGGAAAGCUCGAAGGGUGUGGAGGCAUAA